GUGAGAGCUCAAUUCUCCCCUCCUCCCAGUAUACCCUCCUCCAUGUCAACAUCUCCUCCACGAACCCAUGUCCCCUUGAAUCAUGAUUCUAACGACCCUGUCCCCUCAGAUGACAACCUUGAACAGGAAAAACAGUCAGAAGAUGAAUGGGAGCACGACCCAGUCAACCCCAGGAAUUGGCCUCCUGCAAAAAAAUGGACAACCACUGCAAUUGUUGCGCUAUACACUUUUGUCUCUCCGUUAGCAAGUUCUAUCAUGGCACCUGGUCUGCCAGACGUGGCUACAAAAUUCAAUAUAACCAAUCCAACCAUCGCAGCGUUGACUCUCAGCAUCUUCCUUCUUUCAUUCGCCAUCGGUCCUUUAUUUGCCGCACCCUUGUCCGAAGUAUAUGGUCGUUUGUGGGUACUCCACUUGGCGAACCUUCUCCUCCUUGCCUUUAAUCUCGGCUGCGCUUUAUCACCUAACACUGCAUCUUUCCUCAUCUUUCGGUUUCUAGCUGGUUUCGUGGGGAGUGCACCCGUAACAUGUGGCGGAGGCGUCGUUAGUGACCUUUUCUCUGAACGCGACCGUGCCUCGGCUAUGGCCCUGUACUUUAUUGGACCCCUGAUAGGUCCCGUGGUCGGCCCCGUCAUGGGAGGCUUUAUCGCAGAGUCAAUCGGUGUCCUGGAUGUUUUCUAUAUCGUCGUCGCGAUCUGUGGUGUUGCUACAAUACUUGGCAUUCUUCUCAUGAGAGAAUCUUAUGCCCCAGUCAUUCGACUUCGCCGUGAUAAAAAAUCUCUGGAUCCCGAAAGGGCAGCUGCGAUACAUCCCGCCUUCACCAUGAACAAAUGGGCUUACUUGUGGAUCAACCUUAAACGACCCUUCAUAAUUAUGACUCGCAGUUUCAUAUGUUUCAUCCUCAGUUUAUACAUGGCUUUGGUAUACGGUAUCUACUACUUGAUGUUUACCACUUUCCCCGGCCUCUUUUCGGAUGUGUAUCACUUCAGUAUCGGAACCGGAGGUCUGCCAUAUAUCGGAAUUGGCGUUGGGUUCCUAUCUGCCACCGUAAUUGGCGCGAGAAUUUGCGACAAGACUUACGUAUCCCUUGCUGCGAAAAAUGGAGGAAAGGGUAAGCCAGAGAUGCGUGUGCCCGUUGUGAUACUCGGCUCGUUGAUCGUCCCUGUGGGACUAUUUUGGUAUGGAUGGUCUGCCCAAGCCAAGAUCCAUUUCAUGAUGCCCAUCGUCGGCGCCUCUAUCUUCGCAUUUGGCUUAAUGAUAGCUUCUCUCGCCAUUCAACUAUACCUCGUAGAUACAUUCGCAUAUGCUGCGAGCGCUCUCGCAGCUGCUUCUACGCUCCGCUCACUCCUCGGGUUCGCAUUUCCUCUCUUCGGACAGCAGAUGUUCGCUGCGCUUGGUUAUGGAGGAGGUAAUUCACUUCUUGCAGGUCUUGCCAUCGUCAUCGGUAUACCCUUCCCUAUCUGGAUAUAUUAUGCAGGUGAACGUAUGCGUGCCAGGAGCUCUUUGACUCGUUGAUGUUGAUUUUAUUCUGUAUGUCUUUUUCGAUGUGAUCAUGAGUAAUAGUCGUAUGGGUAUGCAAGAAUUGUCCGUGGACCGGGUGAACACUCGGUUGUUGGAUCAUGGCUGAAUACGAUUCCGUACAGCGAUUAGUCCGAUGUCCUUCAGUCCUUUCUG